AAUAAAUCAACGAGUCGACCUUCUAAGAAGGUGCGCAAUGGUGCAAAAUCAUGAAGAUGCUUGCGCAGGCUGCCUUGCGCGGGGGCGGGAUAAGAAGAUCGAAGAGAUCCGCAGAUACACAGAACAAAUUCGGGCUGCAGGAAACCUCGCUUAUCGACGUGGUCAGAGGGGAUUCCACUGGGCAGAGCGAUAUAAUUUGUUCCGGGGACCGAUGCGCCGGCGAAGCAAGCGGCAAUCGAGAAAACGCCCUUCCCCUUCGGCGGGGGCCGCGGUCCGUAUGCCGCGCGCCCUGCAGGCCCAGGGCGUUCAUGUGGGCCGCCCCGAUGGGCGCCCGCCCGUCUUCCCAUCGGGGGCGGUGGUGUAUUUCAUCUCCGGCGGCCCACAUAGUGAUAGUGCUGGGUGGGGCGCGUGUGGUCUCUUUCCCCUCGCCGGCGGGAAUUGUACGCGCACCCAAGCGCAAGCGCCUAGCCUAUCGCAGCAGCGGAAGCGCAAGCGCCGAGCACAGGCGCUGCUGCAUCCGCAGAAGCGCAUGCUCAUGCGCGCGCCUGCUAUCGCAGCGUUGUGGCCAAAUCGGCCGCCCCCGAACACUCAGGCUGCAGCCCGGGUUGUUGCAAAAAUCCCGCUCAACAUCACGGAGAGCUGUAUUUCACUUUUUCUUCAGC